AUUAGAACGGUCUGCUCAUCAACAGCGAAAAACUUACUGCGAGUGUUCCCAAUUCAAAUAAACCCAGUAAUUUGUAGAAGAAUGCCAAUUAAACUACCAACUUAUUAAUUAUAUACAUUGUUGAUACCAGUUAAUUAUUCCACAUACCUUGAAUUAACGUGGUUACCAGAUAAAAGCAGCAGUUACUGCACAAUAAUAAUCACUUCAAUUGCGACAUGGCAAUUAAAGGGUCUAUACUAUGUUUGCUGCUUGCGGCAACUACGCAGUGCUCUAAUGAUCAAGUUGAUAAUUACGUCGAGCUAAUAAAGAAAGAAUCACAAAGGGCGUACCGAACAUUCGCAAAAGAUUCUUCAGAGUACCAAUCGCCAGACGAAGUUCCCUCCUAUUACGGAACAUUCCAUUAUAUUAUUAUUGGGGGUGGAUCCGCUGGAGCAGUCAUAACGACGCGUUUGUCCGAAGAUCCAGGAACAAAUGUCCUACUAAUUGAAGCAGGUGGAACCGGAACGGACUUUACCGAGAUUCCAUCCAUGAAUGAUUUUACUUUGGGACUAGAGUUCAAUUGGAAUUACAAUUCAACUCCUCAAACGACCGCUUGCUUAGGGACCUUUAACCAAGAGUGUCCUUAUCCUACUGGCAAAGGGCUGGGAGGAGGUAGUACUGUUAACUCUCUGAUGUACGUCAGAUGUAAUCGAAGGGAUUAUGACAACUGGUAUCGGAAAGGAAAUCGCGGUUGGGCUUACAAAGAUGUGUUGCCCUAUUUCAUUAAAUCUGAACGCUCCCAUAUAAACGGCGAUCCUGGUUAUCAUGGUUAUGAUGGAUUAUUUAAUGUUGAGUAUCACAAACCAAGUAGUAUAGAGCUGGGUGCCUUUAUUCAAGCGAAUGUCGAGUUGGGUCGCAAAAUUGUUGACUAUAACGGAAAGGAGCAGUUAGGAGUGGCGAAAACCCAGCAUAAUACCAAGAAUGGGAGAAGACAUAGCACAUGGCGUGCAUUUCUUAAACCGGUAAUCCAUAGGCCUAACUUGAAAAUACUCACUCACAGUCUUGCCACCAAAGUGCUGAUAAACAAGGAUAAGAAGGCUUACGGUGUAGCUUUCAGCGGAAAUGGAAGUUUUCGCUACGCAAUAGCGGAGAGAGAAGUAGUUCUCUCGGCCGGAGCGGUCGGCUCCCCCCAGCUACUCAUGCUUUCUGGAAUUGGUCCCCGCAAACACCUGCAAAGCAUUGGCAUUCCAGUAAUCCAACAUUUAUCCGUUGGCGAUAACCUUCAAAACCAUUGCAGGUAUACUGUGUAUUUCGUCACCAACAACACAGAACCGGCUAAAACACUCGAACAAAACGUGAAAGACUAUCUGAAUGGAUCCGGUCCGCUGACAAUUGCCGAAAAUGGGCAAGGACUAGGCUUCCUUCGCACGAAAUUAUCUAAAGUACCAGGAUACCCAGAUGUAGAACUAGUCGUAAGUCCUCCAAACUGCACAGCAACCACUACUCAGCAGAUAUUGCACUACACCGACGAGGUAAUGGAUGCAAUUUAUAAAAAAAUCGCUCCAAGCCAGACGUUCGCCAUUCAUGUGGUCCCCUUGCAUCCGAAAUCGUGGGGAACGAUUCGAUUAAGCUCGAAGAGCCCCUACAAGUACCCGCUCAUCGAUCCAAAGUUCUUCUCUGACCGUGGAAACGAAGACUUAGAAACCAUGCGUCAGGGUAUCCAACUCGCUUUGCAAAUUGUCGACACAGAGCCCUUUCGAAAGAUCGGAGCAAGGCUACUCGACGCUUCAUUACCGGCUUGCCAGGCCUAUCGGUAUUUGUCUAGGAAAUACUGGUACUGCCACAUACGACAAUUGGCUUUGAAUGUAUAUCAUUCGAUGGGCACGUGUAAAAUGGGACCACGUCCAUCGAGAGGCGCCGUGGUUGAUGAUCAGCUAAGGGUGCACGGGGUAGAGGGUUUGAGAGUUGCGGAUGCAAGCGUUAUUCCAGAGGCAGUCAGCGGUCAUACAAAUGCCGUCGCUAUUAUGAUUGGUGAAAAGGUGUCUGAUUUAAUAAAGGCUAGUGAUUAGAUUUGUUACAAUUUUAUUUAUUCAAGUUAAAUAAAUGUUUGACGAAA